AUGGCUAUGGUGUUGCGUUAUGUGGAUGACAAUGGACAUGUAAUUGAACGGUUUGUGGGGGUUCAACAUGUUACCGACACCUCUUCAAGUUCACUAAAGGAUGCCAUUGACACAUUCUUUUCUUCCAAUGGUUUGAGCUUUUCCAAGCUACGAGGACAAGCACUUGUUGUUGUGGCAAAGAAGAAUAUUAAUAUUGCCUCUUUCUUCACAACCACUAAUAGUGUGGUUAACGAUGUUGGAGCAUCUUGUAAGCGGUGUGAUGCACUUAGAGCGCAACUCCAAGAAGAGCUUGUGAUAGCUUUUGAAAAUGAUUGUCUGAUAACGGGGCGAGGUUUGCAUCAAGAAACAAGUCUCAAACGUGUCGGUGACACACGAUGGAACUCACAUUACAGUACCAUUAUUAGCAUCAUUUCUAUGUUUUCAUCUGUGAUUCAUGUGCUUCAAAUGAUUAUUGAUGAUAAUCCCAAUGAUAGUGCCGGUGAAGCAAAUAAGAUUCAAAGAGAAAUGCUUACUUUUGAGUUUGUGUUUCACCUAUUCUUAAUGAAAGCUAUAUUGGGACUCACAAAUGAUGUGUCACAAGCAUUGCAAAAGAAAGAUCAAGAAAUUGUGAAUGUAAUGGUUUGA